AUGGCUCCCUUGAAAAUCUCCCAAUGCACCAUUGCCGAUGGCCCCGCCCUAGUUGCUAACAACAUCCCCGCUUUCUGGGCCGACCCCAACUGGGUCCUGGCCUGGCGCCAUCGGACCCUCGAGUACCACAUUUCGCAGGUAACCCUACGCUUCCCGCGUAACCUGCUAAACGACCGAGAGACCGUUCGACACCAAAAGGCUGUGGAUCCAGAGACCGGUCAUAUACUUGGUUACGCCCGAUGGUGCCUGCCGUCGUCUCAUAAAACAAGCCCAGAUGGCACACCUGCAUGGCCCGAGGCCCAAGUCCCAGCGAUCGAGCCCGAAAUUGAGGCCGAGAUUCGGCGGCUUGCCGGGACUGCAGUCUGGGACCCCAACGAAGAUGAUAGCGUGCUGGGAGACCGUGUCACCGCCCUUAAGAACGAAGUGACGCCCAAGAAAUCGCAUAUAAGUCUCGAUUACCUUGCUGUACAUCCGGACAACCAGCGUAAAGGUGUUGGGACGGCAUUAGUGAAGAGCGGGAUAGAACAGGCGGACAGGAUGGGGCUAGACAUUUUUGUGCACGCUUUUACAGAGGGAUAUGAGCUUUACAAAAGAAUGGGCUUUGAACUCAUAGCGGAGCUCAUUCAGGAUGACUCUGCGUAUGGCGGUAGUGGGGAGUAUGGGGCAUAUUUCUUGAUAUAUCACGCUACCUCCAGGCCUACGUAA